GCAGAGCAGCAGAUCUGGAACUCGGGACCUUAGGAGAAGAUGUUGGGGAGCCAGGAGACGAGCAUGAAAAGCAUCCGCCCGUACAGGACCAGCGAGCAGUACCUCUACGCCAUGAAGGAGGACUUGGCAGAGUGGUUGAAGGGCCUCUACCAUCUGAACAUCCAAGUGGAGUCCUUCCUGGAUGUCCUGGAGACCGGAGUCUUGCUUUGCCACCAUGCCAACACCAUCACCCAGCUGGCGCGAGACCUCAGCCAGGAGUACCCCGGGUUACCCCACGCGAUCCAACUCCCCACGCACGGAGUGACCUGCAACGACUUUGCUCAGCCGGGGACCUUCCAAGCCCGAGAUAACGUCUCCAACUUCAUUCAGUGGUGCCGUCAGGAGAUGGCCAUUCAAGAUGUCUUGAUGUUUGAGACAGAUGACCUGGUUUUGCGUAAAAACGAGAAGAACUUCGUCUUGUGCCUCCUGGAAGUGGCACGCCGAGCCUCCCGCUUCGGCAUGCAGGCUCCCAUCCUCAUCCAGAUGGAGGAAGAGAUUGAGGACGAGAUCCGCGAGGACCUGAAGCUGCCGCCGGAAGAGACGCCCCUGCCCAAGCCUCAGAGGAAGGCGCCGGACUUCAAGAACCUAGACCAGAUGGUUCAGCACUUUGUCAGCCGCUGCACAUGUCCGGUCCAAUUCUCCAUGACCAAAGUGUCAGAGGGGAAAUACCGCGUGGGUGAUUCCAAUACACUCAUAUUUGUUCGGAUCCUGCGGAAACACGUGAUGGUCCGCGUGGGUGGCGGCUGGGAUACCUUGGAGAAUUAUCUGGAUAAACACGACCCCUGCCGGUGCACGUCAUUAUCUCACAAGCAGGCCUUGAGGAUGGCAGGUUCUCAGAAGACGCAAGCUACUCAGGUCCAGCAUGAGAUCACGACUCGCUUAACACCCGGGACGGAUCACCCCUCCAAGCCUCAGCCGGCUAUCAUCGUGCGGAGGUCCCAAAGUCCGUUGCCCCUGGUGGAGUGGAGGACCUACGUACCCCACAGCGUCAGCAUGGGAAGGAAAGUCCCAUCAUCCCCGGGGCCCAACCAGAAUAGCAGCAACAGCCGGAGGAAGAUGGAGGGCCAGUGCAACCUCCGAGAUCCCUCUGAACCCAGGGGGAAGGAACAGUCGGCGACUCCCUUGAGGAGGUCUUCAGCUGCCGACGACAGGCCCGGAUCCAAGCAGACCUUCUUGACACAGAGUAGAAGAGGGAUGUUCUGUGGGUCCUUCUCCUCCGAGCAGAAUGGAAACGUGGAGAACCACUUGCUCGCCAGAGACCUCACCCCUUGA